AUGGCUUCUUGCAGUAGCUUCUACUUUGUUCCCUUGCUCCUCCUGCUGAUGCUCUUGCUGGCCUCUCCUCCCGCCACUGCUGCACUGGCAUCUUCCGAGUCUAGCGGCAAUGCCACUGCUGCAACGCUGAGGCCGGGGAAGGAGCUGCUCAAGCACAAGAGGAUCAGGGCUCUGCUCACCAAGCUUAACAAGCCUGCUCUCAAGACCAUCCAGAGCUCGGAUGGUGAUAUCAUAGACUGUGUUCCCUCUCACCUCCAGCCUGCAUUUGACCACCCAAAGCUCAGAGGCCAAAAGAUUCUGGAUCCAACGGAGAGGCCCAAGAACUGCAACUUCACCCUUGGCAGCAGUGGCAGCGGCAGCGGCAGCAGCAGAGUCGGCGAGGUGGUGGUGCAGGCGUGGCAUGCCACUGGCGAGGCGUGUCCGGAGGGGACGGUGCCGAUACGGCGGACGACAGAGAAGGAUCUCCUCAGGGCCCGCUCCCUCAGGAGGUACGGCAGGAAGCCUGUGCGCCGAGGCGUUCGCCGUGAUUCCACAAGCAGCGGCCAUGAGCAUGCAGUUGGGUAUGUAAACUCCGAACAUUACUAUGGGGCCAAGGCCAGUGUUAAUGUGUGGUCACCAAGGAUAGGUGACCCAUCUGAGUUCAGCCUCUCACAGAUCUGGGUUAUCUCUGGCUCUUUCGGCAAUGAUCUCAACACCAUCGAAGCUGGAUGGCAGGUAAGCCCUGAGCUAUACGGAGACAGUAACCCAAGAUUCUUCACCUACUGGACAACUGACGCGUACCAAGAAACCGGGUGCUACAACCACAAUUGCCGCGGAUUCGUGCAGACGACGAACAAGAUUGCGGUUGGGGCGGCUAUCACCCCGGAAUCGGUGUACAAUGGCAGGCAGUUUGACAUUACUCUCAUGUUAUGGAAGGAUCCAAAGCACGGGCACUGGUGGCUGGAGCUGGGCCCGGGCCUCGUGGUCGGGUACUGGCCGUCGUACCUCUUCACCCACCUGGCUCGCCACGCCAACAUGGUGCAGUUCGGCGGCGAGGUCGUCAACACCCGGCCUUCGGGGUCGCACACGGCGACCCAGAUGGGCAGUGGCCACUUCCCCAGAGAGGGCUUCGACCGCGCCGCCUACUUCCGGAACCUGCAGGUGGUGGACUGGGACAACAACCUCAUCCCGGCGGCCAACCUGAAACUCUUCGCCGAUCACCCCGGAUGCUAUGAUAUCCAGGGAGGCUCUAACAGCUACUGGGGAAGCUACUUCUACUACGGAGGGCCAGGGAGGAACGUGAAAUGUCCCUGA